AUGGUCAUUGUCAUUUUUCUCGUUACUCUCCUCGCACUUCUCUGCGGGUAAGUUUACUGGUUCUUCUCUUUUUUGUGAAAAAACAACAUAGUACAGUUGUUUUUCAGGUACUUCAAAUGGCUACACACUUACUGGAAAAGAAAGGGGAUCGAUGGUCCGUCUGGAUUCCCGUUUAUUGGAAGUUUCUAUCAGCUUGCGGAUCGUAAAUUCCCUAGAGGACUUAUUAUCAAUCAGUGGACCAAGGUAUGAUUGAAACAACUUGUAAAGAACGCCACGAUCCGUUCAGACCUAUGGGCAAGUAUUCGGAUAUUACGAGGGAGCGACUCCUGUGCUGGUUAUCAGUGAUCUGGAAAUGCUGCAAGAGAUGUUCGUGAAAAAGUUCGAUUGCUUCUAUCACAGGAAAAUGACCCAUAUGAUUACUGGAAAUCUGGAAAGUGUUAAAGAAGAACCUCGCGUCAAUCUGUUCUCAGCACAAGGAUCCAGAUGGAAAAGACUGAGAGCUCUAAUGACACCAGUUUUCUCCGUGAAGUCUGUGAAAAAGGUACAUAAUUAUUCGAGGCUGUUUGGAAUUUGAAUUUUAGAUUCACGCAACUAUGGAGGAUAGUGUUUUAGCUAUGGUCGCCCUUCUCGAAAAACAUGUCGAUGGAGAACCGUUCAAUAUUCUCGAGUAUUAUCAGGAACUCACAUACGAUGUUGUUUCCCGACUUGCAAUGGGUCAACCACAUUCAGAAUUGUUUAAUAAUGAGCAAGUUGAUAUGGUUCGAAAGGUAACGAAACAAUAAUUUUGCCUUGGCCCAAAAAAUAAUUGCAGAUCUUCGAUCGUACGCAAAGAGUCUGGCCGUGGUAUCUGACAGUUACGUUCCCAUACUUCAAAAACGCUAUCAAAGAUUUUUUCUUUAAACAUCCAAAUGUUCGAGGGGGAGAUGUUGGCAAACUUCACAAGAUCUGUGAAAAUGCCGUGCAAAUUAGACUGAAAGAAAGGGCUGAAAACGCAGAAAAGAACGUUGAAAAAGAACAAAACGACUUCAUCGACAUGUUUCUGGACUACUACUCGGAAAGUGUGAAAGACGGAGUCUUCGGAGAAACCGUUGAAAAAAAGGUUACUGCCGAUGACGUGGUCGGCGCUUGUUUCCUGUUCCUCUUGGCUGGUUUUGAUACCACCGCCAAUACUCUCGCCUACGCAUCCUAUCUCCUCGCUAAGAACCCGGCAAAGAUGGAUAUUGCACAAGAGGAAGUGACGAGAGUAUGCCGUUCUCCUAACAUUUCCUACGAUGAAAUUGUCGGUUUGAAGUACAUGGACGCGGUUGUCAAGGAAUCUAUGAGAUUGUACCCUGUCGGAGCGUUGUAAGUUUAUCAAAUUCACAAGAAAUGGGUCAAAGAUUUUGUCAUAAUUACAGCGCUUGCUCACGAACCUGUAUGAAGUCCACCACUCUUGGCAACUUGCAAAUUGAUGUCGGUGUGAGCGUCGAGGCGGAUGUUCAUGCUCUGCAUCGCAGUACCGAGAUUUGGGGAGACAAUCCGGAUGUUUUCUUCCCAGAAAGGUACAUAACGACGAGGAUGUGUUCGGCCUCGGCCCAGAAAAAAAAACUACAUUUUGAAAUAUUUUUAUUGUUCCUGGCCGAUAACUGGAAUAAUUUUUUUCAGAUGGCUUGAUCCAAACGCCGCGCAUAGACACAAUAUGUCUUGGAUUCCAUUCGGAGCAGGACCAAGACAAUGCGUUGGAAUAAGAAUGGGAAUGAUUGAAGUCAAACUUGCUUUAGCUCAUAUCCUCCGCAAGUACUCAAUGAUCGGAGGAGCUCACUCAGAAAAAGAAUUGAAUUUAAUUGGAUGCGCAACAAUGGCCCCGGAAAAAGUUACCGUUUAUUUAGAAACCCGAUUCGGCUGA